AUGCCUCUUAGAGGAAAACAGACAGAUGAAGGUGUUUUAUUAGAUUUACUGAACUUAAGAAUCGAUUCUGGCGACGACAAGUUAAGGAGUCAUCUGGAAAAAUGUCGCCGCAAUGCUGUUUACACAUCGCCAAAAAUACAAAAUGAUUUCAUAAAUUUGUGUGGCGAUGUUAUUAAGGAGAAUAUAAUAACUGAGAUUAAAAAAGCGACGUUUUAUGUAGUCUUGGCUGAUGAAACAGCUGACAUAGCUGGGAAGGAACAGCUAUCAAUAGGCGUGCUGUUCUACGACGAAAGAAAAGUGAUAAUCCGGGAAGAAUUUGUAGGUUUUAUAGAACUGAAGUCACAAAAUGCCUCUUCAAUCGCCGAAGCAAUUGACAUUUUCUUGAUCAGUAAUAAUCUUCCAGCAGAAGACUGUGUAGGAUUUGGCUUCGAUGGCUGUUCUACAAUAGCAUGUAGAGUGAGUGGUGUACAAGCCAUUUUAAUAAAGAAAUAUUAUCGAGCAUCAUACGUUCAUUGCUCAAGCCACAAACUCAUCCUUGUGGUGAACGACGCAAACGCAGUGCCGGAAAUUAGGAAUACUGUUGCCACUGUGAAAGACACUAUAAACUUUUUUAGAGAAUCGAGUACACGUUGGAAAUACGCUCCCAAUUUAACAAGAAUGUGUGAGACGAGAUGGUCUGAAAAAUAUAAAUCCAUCAGACUAUUUUCUCAAAAUUUCCCAGAGGUUGUGAGAGCUCUAGAAAAAUUGUCUACUGUGGGAAAUUACGCAAUGAGGAAAUCUGCGUAUCAGUUGCAUUCAGCCAUUACCAAACCAGAAUUCAUCUUAUCGUUACAAACAAUAGCCAGAUACUCAGCAGUUUUGGAACCAGUAGCUAAUGUCCUGCAGUCUAAGUCUGUAGAUAUGAUCGCGGUGAGGGAACACAUCAGAGGAAUCCUUGACAUGCUCAGUAUUGAUCGAAAGGAAGCAGACAAACUAGCGAAUUACUUGCAAUAG